AAACAAUGUAUACCGUUCCGCGUGUUCGGUUGUUAACAUGCGCCAUCUCGGGAUCUUUCUCGCAGUUUUACUAUGUCGUGGAGUAGUUAUUAUGUCUUCUGCUGUAUGCGAUGACGUCGACAAUAUCGCAUGCCAAAGACUGUCCCGAGUGUCGAACGUCUGCAACGACUCGUGUUUCGCUAAACACUGUAAGCGCUCAUGUGGAACAUGUCCCCUAAAGUGUUACCAAUGCAACAACGAGCUGACUGCACAUACCUGUAACGCUACGCUGGUUUGUUCAUCGGUUACUGAUAAAUGCAUAAUUACACGGGGAGUAAAUCUUAAUUUUUUACCUUCCUUUAAAUCUGGAUGUGCUGGAAGCGAAGUUUGUCGUCAGCUGUUCGGGGAAAGUAAAGGCAAGAGACAAACCGUUGCAGGUCAAUGUUGUGAAAGCGAUUUAUGUAACAAUCGACUAUCACAUACCAGAAGUGUCAUGAGACCAGAGCGAACACAAGGCUCACUCACCAUGAAUACAAAUGCAGAAUUAUUCAGAGAAUGUCAUGAAGUUGAUUCCACUGCUUGUAAAUUAAUGAAACAGAAAAACAGUACAAUUUGUGAUGAACCCUGCAUGAUUCAGGCUUGUCCCCAGACGUGUGGGAAAUGCACCGCUUGUUAUUCUUGUGAUGUGGUAGAUCACCCCAGUAACUGUACCGAUACCACCGUUUGUGAACCCAAUGAGAAAUGCUAUUCAAUGAAGGAUUUUUCUACCACGAUGGGGUAUGUCUACAAAACGGGCUGUCUCGAUGCAGGAACUUGUAUGAAACUCCGCACAGAACUAGGCAAUGUAUUUGGAAGGCGUCGAGACUACAUAGAAUUCCCAGUAGAUGGAGAUUGUUGUGAUGGAGAUCUUUGUAACAAAGUGGAAUUGAGACACCCAACGACGACAACGACGACCACGACGACAACGACAACUACUACGACACCUACAACGACUACUACUCCGACACCAUCUAAGGAUCCGAUUGGAUGCACAUAUUUACCCUUUCAGCAUUGUCCUUAUACACACACUCGCAUCAAUAAUAGGUGCUUUAUGGUUUCGGAGCAUCCCUUAAAUUUUACAGAUGCCGAGAGAUACUGUUAUUAUCACUGCUCUACAAUGGCGGAGGGCAUUGAUCCAACACAGCUAGAUGAUAUUGAGACCUACAUUACGGGACGAUUAAAUGGUAAAGCAGAUUACAUUUACAUUGGUGCCGUUGAUCGUCUGCACGACGGAAGAUUUGUAUGGAUUAUAUCCGGUGAAGCAGCAGCGAGACCAACUAGACCCCUCUACAACUCGUACUGUGGAAAGCUAGAUUAUCGCCAAGGAACAAUACACCCCGUGCCAUGUACAAAUCCAAACUACGUUUUGUGUGAAGCUCCUUUGAAAUAAAUAUUUCUACAUAUAGAAA